CAAAUAUUAAAACGAAAGAGAGAAGGAGACUCGUCUGAAAGAAAAGGGUUGAGUGGCAGCUAGAGAGAGACGGCGAGAGAUGUGAGAUAGAGAGGGAGAGAGAGAGAGAACUGUCCCUUUAAAUCACCGUAAGUGUUUGAGCAAACCCUACUUGGAAUAGACUGUUAUAUUUUUCACAUUAUUGGCAAUGGGAGAUGGAUAUUCCCUUUCUUCUAAAAAGAGAGUUGCUGGAAGGGAGAUCUCCCGUGAUGAUCCUGGACUUGAUGCCAAUAAUGAUGUUCCAGAGGAGGAAAUGGGAACAUUCAAAAGAGCAACCGAUGAGGUGUUAGCAACUAGAAGGAUUGUUAAGGUUCGUCGCAACCAGCCUUCAUCUGCUGUUUCCUCUAAUCCAUUUGCUGCAGUGCGUUUGGUUCUCCAGCCCACCGAUGCUCCUGCUGAGGGCAAUACUGAUUCUGCUGCAAAAACGUCUGAUGCACCGACCGUUGCAAAUGCUCUGCAUGAUGAGGUUAUUCCUAAAGAGAGUUGUGGUGGCACUUCUGGACCAGAGAAAACUGAUGAAGAUGAAGUGACGUCUGAACCCUCUGCGAACUUGGUUUUUGACAAUGAAGGUAUCGAAAGGCAUAGUGAAGGAACUCUAGGAGAUUCAGCAAAAGAGACAAAUGGAACUAAUGAGGCUGUCGACAAAUCAAAGACUGAAACUGACGAACCAGCCAAAGGAGUAGGUGAAGUAUUAAAGGAUGAUUCUGCUCAAGAUUUGACUGAGCCUGGUGCGACCAAUAAAACUGAGGCAGCAGUUUUAAAUGAAAAAGCUAUGAGUAGUGAAGGAGAAGCCAAUAGUGGGGGAACCCGAACUGAAUCAGCUCCUCUGAAUUCAUUUCAGCAGCUAUCUGGCAGCCGGAAUGCUUUUACUGGUCUUGCAGGUAGUGGGUUUUCUAACCCAUCUUUCUCGUUUGGGACACUUCCUAAAACAGAUUGUUCUUUCAGCUUCAGCACAUCAGGAUUUGGUUCUUGUUCAGGUUCUACCUUUAGCUUAAAGGGCAGCAGCACAUCCUUGCCGUUGUUUGGUACUGGAAGCUCAAACAAUGGAAGCUCAUCUCCUCUGGGUCUUGGUUCUUCAUCUACAGAGGUUAACAAAUCCAGUGGAAAUGCUCUGCUUGUGAUGCAGGAGGUCCCAGUUGAAACUGGUGAAGAAAAUGAGAAGGCAUUCUUUGUGGCUGAUGCCUCAUUGUAUGAAUUCUUGGAUGGCGGUUGGAAGGAAAGAGGCAAAGGCGAGUUGAAAUUAAACAUUGCCACAGAUGGGAUUGGGAAGCCGAGACUGAUAAUGAGGACUAAAGGGAACUAUAGGCUGAUCCUUAAUGCAAGCCUUUAUCCGGAUAUGAAACUGACUAAUAUGGAGAAGAAAGGCAUUACCUUUUCGUGCUUUAACAGUUCUGUUGAAAGAAGGAACACCCUCUCUACAUUUGCUUUGAAGUUCAAGGAAAGUGCUACCGUGGAUGCAUUUCAAACUGCUGUGAUGGAUCACACGGAAGAAACAGCAAGUCUAGAAACACCCGAGAGCUCUCCAAAAGCAUCAGAUGACUAAGCAUUGUGAACUUGCAGUAGCAGGAAGAUAGGCCUGGAUGUACGCCUUUCGAGCGGGAAAGCUUUGAAACGAAAUCAUCAAAUGCUUGUUGUAUGAGCACUGAGCAGUUUUGAUAAAUUUAGAGCAAUCUCUCUCUCU